AUGCCGCCUUCGUUAGACAAAUCCGUUGGCGACCGACUAAUCUGCCCUCUGUUAAUUUGGGCAGUGCUCCUUCUCGCCGUUACCCCUUUUGGAGUCCCAAAAUCCACCAAUGAAACAUGCUCCAAUUCCAACACUUACUCCUCUCACGUGGGGUACACUCUCUACACUGACCUUAAAGUCUCUGAGGUGGUGUCUCUGUUCAAGACCAACCCAAUCGCCCUCCUCACGGCCAACACCGUCGACAUUUCCUACUCGGACAUCGAGAACCACAUCCUCCCCGCCCGCCUCUUCCUCAAGGUCCCGCUCACCUAUUCCUAUGACGACGGGAUCUUCAAAUCCGCCUUUGUCCACUACAAGACCCACCCCUCCGACACGCUCUCCUUUAUUGCUGACACCGUCUACUCUGGCCUCGUCUCUGCAGACCAGAUUAACGAAGGGAAACCCAACGCCGUCGGCUCCGACCCUUCCGUCCUCAAUGUCGAAACCAACCUUUGGAUUCCCCUCCCCUACACCUGCUUCAACGACACCAAUAACAACCUCCCUACUAUUUACAUGUCCUACGUUGUCACCCCCGUCUCCCUUUGGUAAUCCUAAACUACCAUAUACGGAUUAUGAUUUCUUUCCUUAUUUCAUGGUGUAUCAAUCAUAGCUCUUAAAGCACAUAAGCAUUUUAAAGCCCCUAAUUUCCUCUAUUUAAUGGGAAGAAAUCCGGUUUAUGCAAGGGGUGACAUGAAUU